UUGAGUAAAAGGCUGAUGGUAUCCCAGGAUUCUCAGCAGACAGAAUACAGUGGUGGACAUUCCAUUGAACUAGACAACAAGGUCAAGGAAUUGGAAGACAAACUCCAGGAGAUGGAAACUGAGAAGAGUGAGAUGUUGGUGGCUUACAGUGCUGUGCAGUCUGCUCAGGAACAGUCUAUUCAACAAUUCCAGGCCUUGGAGCAAGAGCUGUCCAAUGUGAAACAGCAGAACUCAGAUCUGGAAGCUGAGCUUUUAGCAGAAAAAAGGUCUAAAAAGGAUUUGGAGGAACAGUGGGAGUGUAUGAAGAUCAAAGAUGAAAGCCUGACUUCCACCUUACUUUGUCUGCAACAGGAAAACCAGGAUCUCCUGGAGCAGAUCAAGCUGCUAAAUGAGGCCAGAGAUGAGAUUAUGGGCAAACUGAAGAGUUUACAGGACUCCCCAAAUACUAUAGCCACCUUGAAAGAUGAACAGGCAUCUUUGCUUGAAGAUAAAAGCAAACUGGAGGCAGAAAAAACAGACAUGCAAAACCUUCUCAGUGAGCAAAAGAAAACAAUCGACGAUCUAGAAAAUCGGUUAAAGAGUGAUCAGUCUGGUAAAGGUGGCGACCUCCAGAGCACGGAAGAGCUGAAGGCCUUGUGUGAAGACCUAAAAACCCAGAAGAAUCAGCUGAAUGAGACAGUUCAAGAGCUGUCAGUCCAAAAAAUUACUUUAGAAGAAAAUGCGAAAGCUAUGUCGGUAGAACUUGAAAAGAACAAAAUCGCUUUGAAAACUGUGAAGUCAGACUUGGAUUUUGUUGUGGAGGAGCUGCAGCAAGCCAAGGAGUGUCUUGCUGCAGAAAAACAAAGAUGCCAGAACUUGGAAGUUAAACGGGACGAAAGUGUUACAAAAAUCCAGGAACUGGAGCAGGCGCUAGCAGCGUUGCAGCUCAGUUACGAACACAUCAGGUCUAAUCAGAGCAGUAGUGGUUCACUGAAGGAAGAGUUUCAACACGUUUUGGAAGAGAAGGAAACCUUGCAGUUUGAGAAGAAUGAGCUGAGGGAGGACAAGGAAAUGCUCGUCCAUGAAUUGGCUUCUGUCAAGGAGCAGAUGGAGGAGUGGGACGGACUGAUGCAGAUGCUAAAGACUGACAAGGAGCACGCUAUGGCAGAAUUAGAGCAAAGCCGCAAAGAAACUGACAUCCUGGUGACAAGCCUCAGAGAGGUUGUGGUGGACCCAGAGCAGCAGCAGGAAGAGGAGAGGCUGGCAGAGGUCCAGAGAUUGCAGGAAUUAGGGAGGACUGACAGCAUCUCUUCUGAUGUUUUCAUCGAGGAGGAAGAGGAAGAAAGAACAAUGUUGGUGGAGAUUCGGAGAGUGCGUCGACUCACUGAGAUCCUGGUGAAAGAAAACACUCGCUUACAAAAACAGCUUAAUGAUGCGUAUUCCUCAAAAGGGGACAGUCUAAUUGAAGUGCAGAGUCUGAAACGGGAGUACCAGCAGGUCAUUGUGGAGAAAGAGAACAUUGAGCGUGAGAAGGAAUCUUUGGCUGUCGUGUUGCAGUUGGCGCAGGAACAAGAGAAAGAUCUUACAGAAGAGACUGCUACUCUGAAGACAGAGGUGGACAAGCUUGAAGCGGAGAAUCAGACUCUGGCCAGAAAGCUGUCUAAUCUCGGAGACAUCAGUGAAAUCGAAGCCAUGAAGACAGAACUUAAGGAAGGUGCUGCUAAACUUCAAGAGCUAGAGUCAACAUCAAAAGCAUUAGCUGAAAGAGCUGAAGUGGCGGAGAAGGAAAAGAAAAAUCUGGAAUCUGCUGUUAAAGAGAGGCAACAGUACGCGGAAGAACUAGAAGAAAAGGUCAUGGAGUUGUCAAAUAAUCUGUCUAAGAUGAGAAAACAGUUUGAGCGUGUGCAAGGUGAGAAGGAUUCAAUGAAGGAAACUGAAGAGUCCCUUGCAUCCGAGAUGGGUGGUAAGCUGAAAGGUCUGGAUGAGAGAGUUGAUGAUUUGGAAGCUCAGAAAGUCCACUUGACUGAGGAACUGGACAGGCUGAGGGACACUCUGCAGAGCCGUGAGACAGAGAAAAAGGAGGUUUUGACAGAAAAUGUUAAGAUUGUUCAGGAUCUAUCGUCUUUACAGGCAGAAAAAGAAAUCCUGACAGAAGAGUUAGAAAAGUUGCGAAAAUCGCAUGUUGAACUGGAGGAAGUUAUCAAAAGGCUUCAUGACAGGGUUGAAUCUGUGACCAAAGAAAACCAGGAGCUGAAAGUCACUUUGGACAGAGAAACCUCCGAAAAAUCGAAAGAUUCUGAAGAAUUAGAUGUUCUCCAGCAGAAGUUUAAUGAACUUUCUGAAGAAUUUGAAACCAGAGCUACUGAAGUUCAGGAGUUGAAGCAUGAGCUGUUGGCUAAAUCAAGUAGUGUUGAUGACUUGGGUGAGAAAUUGGAGACUGCUCAAAACCAGAUUGAUAGCUUGUCUGCCAAGGAAAAGCAGCUGCUUGAAGUUAUUGAAGAGAAGGAAAAGUAUGAGGUUGAACUGAAUGAGAAAGUGAAUUUAAGUGAUUCUCUUGAGAAGGAAGUACAAGACUUGAGACAGCAAAAUGAAACUUUGACUUGUACUGUCGGACAGAAAGACUUACAACUUCAGGAAAUCCAGGAGAACUUAAAGGCAUUAACAGUGAAUUUUGAUAAACAUCAAGCUGACCUCAGAGAAAUGGAAGAAGAGAAGAAUGAUCUGAAAUCUAGGCUAAGGACUGCACAGGAAGAAUUGUCUUCCACUUCGUCUGAGAGAAAUCAUUUAAAAGCUGCCUUGGACACGUUGAAACAAGGUGAAAAUAGUACUGAGGCAGAGUUAGCAGAGCUUAAAGGAUUAGUGGAACAACUGAAACUUGACAAGGAUAAUACUCAUGAAGAUUGUCAGUCAAAGCAACAGGAAAUUGACAGCUUAACAAAUAUUGAGAAAGAACUCACACAGAGAAUACAAAAAAUAGAAACAGAAAAGGAAUCUCUGGCUCUGAAAUUGUCAGACGUGGAGGCAAGGAUGUCUGAGAAAGAUGCUGAGAUAUCUGAAAAAGAUGCUGAAAUUACUGCCUUGGGAAAAAUGAAGGCGUCUCUGGAAGCUCAAAUAGAAAGUCAGAAACAUGAAGCAAGUGAAAUCUUAAACCAGGAUGCAGCAGUAAAAGUUCAACUUCAUGAUCUAGAGAGUGUCAAUAGUGCCUAUAGUGAAGAAGUGAAAACCCUGAGAGUAGCCCUUGAUUCUUCUGAAGAACAAAUGGCUGCCAUUGAAAAAGAAAAAUUAGAAAUUACAGAAAAUCUCCACAAAGUGAAAGGAGAAAAGGAGAAAGUUUUAGAAGAGCUCAGAAGUAUUCAAAAGCAGUUGUCUUCAUCAGAAGAGCUGGUCAGAAGUUUAGAGACAGGGAAAUCUGCUCUGGAGGAAAGCUUACUCCAGAUACAGUCCAGGGAAACUUCUUUGCUUGUAGAGAAAGAGGAAUUAUUGAAAACAGUUUCAGAACAAGACGGGACAAUUUCUCAGAUUGAAAUGGAAAAGUGUGCAAUUCAGGAGAAGCUGGCUUCUGUCGAAGAUGAAUUUUCUCAACUCCAAGUCCACUUCUCGGAUGUGGAAGCUCAGAAUGAUAAAUUGUCCAGUCUAUGCCAAGUUGACGAGGUUAAGGAGAAGGAAAUGGAGGCCGAGAUGGCAGCAUUGACAAGCAGCUGUGAUGUCUCCCUCAACAAAUUGAAACUGGUACAGCAGCUGCUGUGGGACUUGCACACACUGUUGGUGAAAGAAGACUCGGGGACUUUUACGCCCAAGGGGUUGUGUUCAUGUGAUGACGCUGAAUCUGUGAUAGAGGAAUGGAGGAUGGAACUGGAAGACCUUGUCCGAAGUCUUCAUGACAGAUACGUCACCUUAACAGAGAGCGUGGAGAGCUUCAAGAGUGAGAAGGCAGAAUUAACCACAAAGCUCAGUGACCUGCAAUUGACUGUGGAGGAGAAACUGAAAACAGACAUUGAGGAUUCUAGUGCUAAGACAGAUGAGGUGAAGGUUCUGCAGAAACAACUCAAGGAGAAAGAAGACUUGUGCAAUAAACUAAAGGCAUUGGCUGUGAAAGGCAAGAAAGAGGUGGCAGAAAACAAGAUUAAGAUUGAGACAUUAACCAAAGAGAAGGAGGAGCUGGAAUCCAAGUUUGAUCGGCUACAACGGGAAAGGGAGAAGGUCAGCAGUGAGCAAUUGACAGAGCAAGAAGGAAAGUGUCAGACACUACAGGCAGAGUGUAAUCGAUUGCAAGAGCUCAUGAAGGCAGAGCGUCUGGCGAAGGUACAUGGGGAGGAGGAGUUACAGAGUGUUGUUAAAGAGCUGGUUCAGGUGCGAGAGCGCAGUGCCGAGUUUGAGACGGAGAUGGGAACCCUCAGGCGACAAGUGGAGUCACUGGCCAAUGAGAGACAGAAUCAGGACUCUACUUUGUCAGAGCAAAAGUCGAAGUUGCAGUCCCUGGAGAAGGAGAGAGAUGCCUACAGGAUUCAGAUGGAGGAAAUGUCCAAGGGCAAGCAACAGCUGUCCAUCAAGCUAUCAGAACAGGAGUCCACCAUUAAACAGCUGAAGGAGGACCAUGAGAAAGCUGUGGCCUCACUGCGGGCCAAACUACAGGAGAUGGAGCAAAGGCUUAGUGAGGCUGCUCAAGAAGCGACACAGAGUAACAUGAUGGACCUGGAAAUGGCUGAUUAUGAAAGGACGAUCGAGUCUCUAAAUGCUGCUCUGGCUGAGAAGGACAGCUGUAUACAGGCUCUGGAGGCUGAGGUAGAGAGAGUCAACUCCAUGGUGGCCUCCUUGCAGAAGGAGAACGAGUCCCUAGAUGAACAGAAACUACAGGCAGAGGAUCGUGGGAACAAACUCAAACAGCUGCUGGUGAAGACCAAGAAAGACUUGGUCGAGGCCACCAAACUGACAUCAGAACAGAAGACAUCGGAGGCUCAGCUGAAGGGACAGUUGGAACAUCUCAUACAACAGGUCGAGGAAUACAAGGUACAACUGGCAGAUUUGGCCAAUGAGAAUCAGAAGCUGGAGCAGCGCACUAAGACAACGACAGACUCCAGUCAGAGGUCAUUGAGGUCGCUGGAGAGUCGGGUCCAGAGUCUACAGGAAGAGCUGGACCUUGCGCGGAGUGAGAGAACCUCCAUACAGGCUGAGUUUGAAAGCUAUAAGAUUAGAGUUCAUAAUGUCCUGAAGCAGCAGAAGACGAAGACUCCUCAGGAAACCAUAUUUGCGGAGAGUGAUAAGGCAGAGAAAGAGAGACUUGAGAAGAUUGUCGAACAGAUGAAGGCCAAACAUGAAGAAACAUGUGAGACCCUGCUUGCCAUUCGCCAUGAGAACGAAGUCCUACAAGAGGAUCAUGAACGACUGCUGGACAGACAAAACAGACUUCUGCAGGAGAUUCAGGAGAAGGAAAACUCCUACAAACUCAGAUUGGAAGAAAUGACCCUUAAAAGUCACAGCAGUAACUCUGACAUGGCUGAGACGAUCAAACAGCUCACAGCUCAAAAUGAGCAGCUUACACAGUCAUUCAAGAGCCAGAUAAAACAGUCCCAGGACGAGCACCAGCGAACCGUCACAAUGUUGAAGCAUCAACUGGAGCUUGCAGAAAACGAUAACUUUCGCCUUCGCCAAGAACUUCAAGGCACACAGCAGAACACUUCCCAAUCAGUUAAUCAGCAGCGGGUCACACGGUCCACUGAAAAAGACACAGUGGAUAGUGGAACAGAAUUCAUGGAUAUCAGCCAAGUGGAAAGGCAGUCAGGGGAGGGAAUGGAGAAUGUGGAAGCUGAUAAAUGUACCAGAACUGCCCCUCGCAUCCAGAGCCCUACUUUGUCCUUCGAGCAGUUGAUUACCUCCCCUCUACCAGAUGACAGUGUCAGCUUGAAGAGCCAAGAAUCAGUGACGGAUGAAGCGUUACAGUCUAACUUGAUAACAGCCCAGAAGAGAGUAGAACACCUGACGCAGUUACUCAGCGACAGUGAGGUAACAGUCAUGAGGCUAACAGAACAGUCAAAAAUCCUGAAAGACGAAAUCCGACGUUUGGAACGAAACUGUGAACGGGAAAAGGAGACAAAGAAUUUGGAGUAUUUGAAAAACAUUCUAAUGAAGUUCCUCUCGCUGAAGGCCGGAGACGAGAGACGUCAGUUGAUUCCCGUCCUCACCACUAUGUUAAAGUUGAGUCAGGAGGAGAAGACAACUCUUCAUGCCAUAGCCGAGGGGGAAGAGGGCGCCCCAUCACAGACAGGAGGUUGGGGAGCUUACUUACACCGCUGGACAAGUCUUACAUAAGACGUGGCUUUCUGCAACCUUGUUCGCUGUGCUCUGGGAACUCCAUGUGUUCAACUCAACCAGUGUCAUGACAUAUACACUACUGAUACCCAGUAUACCUGACCUAUGUGAUUUAUGAUUGAGUAUUUGUGCUACCUGUAGUUGUUUGUUUCACACAACAUAACAACAGUUUGUUAAGCUGACCUGUUAUGAAAUAUUUAGGGAAGUUGUUUUUGAGGCUUCAAAGGGAGUUUAGAUUCCACUCCUCUGAAACAGGCUUUCUGUACCAUAAUUUGUAAGCAUAGGUUUUAUGUUGUACAGGUGAAGUCAUGCAGAAAAAAGAUUUGAUGUAAUUCAAUUUAUUCUUUGAUUGACUAAAGGGGACCAUUUCCCACCUAAAGUAAUUCGGGCAUGAGCUGGGUUUUUGUUCUACUGUUCAUUCCUGCUUUUGCGGUUAAACUGGUAUUACACCUGUAAUGUAAGAGGACAAUUGUCAAGUCAGCUCCAUCAUUAGCCAGCUCUAUCAGUACCCACCUCCCCCAUUACCCAGCUCCCCCAUUACUCAGCUCCCCCAUUACUCAGCUCCCCCAUUAUCCAGCUUCCCCAUUACUCAGAUCCCCCAUUACUCAGCUCCCCCAUUACCCAGAUCCCCCAUUAGCUGGGUAAUGACUGUUAAUGGACUGUAAUUAUGAACAGAAUAUCUUGUAUGGCUGAAUCUGAGGGUUUGUUUGAAAAUCUCGCUUUAUUAUCGACUAGAGUGUGUGCUUCAUGAAGUAAUGUUUGAUGCUUCACUUAACAGUGUGUGGUAAUUCUCUAAAUACCGUGCGAUGAUUCACCAAACACUGUGUGAUGAUUCAUCAAUACUGUGUGAUUAUGCACCAAAUGCUGUGGUGAUGCACCAAAUACUGUGUUAUGGUUCGUCAAAUACUGUGUUAUAAUUCACCAAACACUGUGUGAUGAUUUACUAAGUACUGUAUGAUGAUUUACCAAAUAUUGUGUGAUGAUCUACCAAGUACUGUGUGAUGAUUUACUAAAUACUGUGUGAUGAUUCACCAAAUACUGUGUGAUGAUUUACUAAGUGUUGCGUGAUGAUUCACCAAAUACUGUGGUGAGUCACUGAAUACUAAUGUUGUGUGGUGAUUUACUCAAUAGCGUAUAGGCAUUCACCAGAUAAUGUGUAUCACUUCACCUAAUGGUGUGUAAAACACCAAAUACACAAAAACAUGCAGUAUGUGGCGAUACAUAAAAUAUGGGUAAUACUACGUGAUUGUAUGUGGUAUGAUCUGUCACUAAACAGUAUGGUGUGAUUCACUAAAUACUGUGUGUUUUUUCUAAAUACUGUGUGGUGAUUCACCAAAAUUUGUGGGAUCUCAGUAAAUAGUGUGUGGGACUUUGCUUAUCUAAUAUUUUUUGUCAGAUAUUCAGUUUUUGAACUCAAUUUCUUUUUUCUCAUAGUAAAAAGCUAUGAAUGUUUUCAAGGCAAAUAUAGACAGAGGUAUAUUUUUGAUCACUGGACCUAUAUAAACUAUGAAAUACAUGUACAAUAGUAACAUAUAUAAACACUUCAGGCUGUUUUGGAUUUUUUUUUUAUGAAGAAGAUAAGGAGAGAUUUUCUUCAAGAUAAGGAGAAAAAUAGGAUAUUACACUUUGUCAAAUCAAAAAUCAGUAAAAAUAAAAUUUUAAUAUUUAAUAUGAGACAUAGCUGGCUCCUCAUCAGUACCAUUGCCUGACAGCUCAUUUUUCUGUGAGAAUCCAGGAAUCUGGAUUAUUCCCGCAAAUCAAAGUAUGGGAAUCUAGAUAGAAAUGGUGAAAGAAAAAAUUUCAAAUUUAUCUAAGUGAAAAGUAAGACCUGUACAAAACUAAACCAGUAGAUACAGGUUGCAUAUUAGAAAAGGACUUGGGAAAAGAGAUUGAAGAGCACUUUGAAUAUACAGUAUUCUGAAGUUGCAUUCUAAUGAGACAACUUGAAAGUUUUAGGAAUCUCUUUUGAUUCUUUGCAAAAUUUGACAAAAACAGGCCUGUCCUGAAAUGACAAUAUCCUGCCUCAAGAAUAAUGAGUGUACAGUGCUAAAUAUAGCUCAGUACUGCAGUCUGUCAUUUCACUGAGUGUACAGACACUACACAUGUAAUAUCUCAACCAUUUACCCUAUAUAAAACUUUAUAAAAUGUUCUGUUGAUUUUGGAAAUUUCUUGAUUUUGCGCAACAGUGCAUGACAUACUCAUAGAUUUAAAUGUGUUAAUGUAAUAUUUUGACAGCUAAGAGAAGCCUGUUUCUAUGGACACUUUUUCUGCAAGAGUCUAAGCUCAAAGAAUGUGAAAACGGUACUGAAAAUAUGAUCACAUUACAGUAAGAUUAAAGUAAGUACAGUAAAUGACCACAGAUUUUGCCCAUGGCGAAGUUUUAUAUUUAGAUGGAUUCUGGAAGGUAGGAUGAUAUCAUGUGGGGGAGGGGCAAUAUACGUUAUAUCACAAAAUGCAAUAUUUAUUUACAUUUAUCUGCUUUGAAAAAUGUGUUUUUUUGGAGGCAAAAUUUUAGGCCAUUGAUGGUAUUGAGAAAGCAGACUGUAUGGUUUUAGGGCUAGUUUAGAGGGACUUUGUAGUUAGGAGGAAUGUAUGAAUAAUGUGACCUGUAAUGGGUAGUACUUAACUUGUAUGACAAGGAAAGUUAGAAAGUUCAUUAUAUUUGCCUUAAUUUGGUCUCUAACUGAUCAUAACUGUAAAUUAAUGUUUGAAAGGGGAUGUGGAAUAUAUUGUUCUAUGCAAAGCCCUUGUAAUUCAUAUUUUACAGGUGUUCCCUUUUUGAAAGAAACAAAGUGUUACAAGUGUUUGUAUAUUUAUGUUCAUGUACAUCACACCAACUGUAUGUGCAGUGUUAAUGUUGAUGGAAGUGUGAUUUGUGUUUGAACUGUGAAUGCUGAUGUCUUCACUCUCAUUCAUGCAGAUAUGAAUGUAAGAAUUUGUGUGUUUCCAUGGUUAUUGUUAAGGAUGACAGCUAAAGACUGUGUGAUAUCAUUCUUGUUGACAGCUCUUGUCAUUGUUGCCAGUACAUCAUCUUCAUACAUUCUAGAAAGUUAACUUCUUGGGGUAAGUCGCCAAGAUAUGGCUGAAAUAUUGCCGAUGUGGCGUUAAGCCAUAAUCAUUCAUUUAUUCAUUCCUGGGUUAAGCAUACAGAGAAAUAAUAUAUAAAUUUGGGGUUAAAUUUUGAAUUAGUUGUAAACAUUUGUUGGCAUCUCAGUUUUUUCUUGUACAUGGAUUUUGAGGUGUCUGUCGGGUAUAUUGCAAGAAAUCGCCAUAAAUUUUUGUUCUGCCGUAUAGGUUAAUUUAUUUCAAUUAUUAGUAGGUGUUUUUUGUAUUGAGGGACCAUAUGUAACAUUGAUUCAGUAUUAGCGGAAGUGCAGUGCUCUGCGCUGGGGUGUUCACAUAUAGAUGGUUUGAAAUUAAUAUAUUCUGGCUGAAGGGGAAGGAAUAUCCCUGUGGCAGUUAUGCUGACACUAAUGCCUUUAUGACUUGUUUUUAUCAAUUUUAUUACAAUAAUAUUAGGAGCCAAAACAACUUGAACAGAGAGUGACAGAAGUUUUAGAGAGUAAUUUUGUCAUAGAAACUUGUUUUGCUGGUUUUUAAAGUCAAAAGCUUGCGCCAGUAGAGCGGAUUCAUCAAAUACCGUGUGGCAAUUCACCAAAUACUGUAUGGAGAUUCACCAAAUACUGUGUGGUAAUUCACCAAUACUGUGUGAUGAUCCAAAACAACUGAUCACAGAGUGACAGAAGUUUCAGAGAGUAAAUUUUGUCACAGAAACUGGUUUUGCUGGGUUUUUUUGCAUCAAGAGCUUGCACCAGUAGAAAGACAACAGUGAAUAGGGAAUUCACCAUGAUGAGUACUCUUUUUAUGGAUUAGUUAUGACGUUAUCAGCCAUAUAGACAGCACACAAACUAAAUUCCGGUUUGUACAUCCCUUACCAUGGUUGUCAUAUUCAUAUUGUAAAAUAAGGGGGCAAAAAUAAAACUAUUUUC